AUGCGCAGACGAUCCUCUCUGCGAUCCACGAGUCUCGGCCAGGAAUACGACCUCGGCUACUGUGACGGCGCUACGGUCACAGAGGAGAAGCUCCUCCUCUUCCUCGUCGAGGAGGUGGCCGGUCGGCCCUUGAAGGUCAGGAGCCGCAAGGCCGCCACUGAUACUCCGCAGGACGAGACCCGCCUGGCCUGGCGGUCGGUCCGAACUUAUGUCACCGCAAUCACGGAUCUUUACCGGACGCAGAAGGCCCUCGGAAUGAAUACGCACCCGUCGCCGCGCGAGGACAACGUACGAGAGUACCUCAAGUCCCUACAGCGCCGGGACGCCCAACGAGACAGGGAGAACUAUGCCGAUAAAGGCCGCGAUACUCUGCUCGAUGGUUACUCGGAGUCCGAGUUCGAACGAGUAUGCCACGAGCUGUGGGCCCACAGCGGCACAUCGCCCGAGUGUCAUUUUCGGACCCUCGUGGAUCUCCUCUUUGGCCAUUAUCUUCUCACCCGUGGCGGCGAUCGUCGGGCUGCAGAGAUCUCAGACCUAUUCACCUUUGAGUUUGCCGGGGAGGGCUCGACCCGGUGCAUGCCGCUCAUCUUUACGACACGAGCCGGCAAGCAGAACCAGCACGGCCGCCUCGAGACCGCCGGCGCGUAUCGGAAUAGGAACCCGCUAAUCUGCAUCUUGGGUGGCCUCUCGUUCUACCUCUUGUAUCGUUGGGAUCUCGGUAGUGAGCCGUUUCCCGAUUUCAGCAGGCGGUCCUCGUGGUACGACAUCCGGCUAAUCAAGGGUAACGGCACCGGCCGGACGGCGGCUUUCUCGUACAACUCACAGCGCGAGUGGGUUGUCAAGGCCUUCGCCUACGCCGGCGUCACGUCGCAGAAGAAGACGCAUGUCGGCCGCAGCUCGGGGCGAGGACGGCUGAACUAA